AGGAGAACAGUGAUAGUGAGCCCUGCUGGAGGACCACAGUGCUUCCUGUGCUAUUACUCCCUAUAUCCCUAGCACUUGUUGACAGAAGAGCCACACUCUAACAGUAAUGCUUUGACUGUUGGUGUAAUGAUUUAAGCACUAUAAAUAAUCCCUGGCCAUUCGUAGUAAUGCUCUUUGGAUGAUAAUAUAUCAACACCUUCUAUACUGCAGCAGCCCAACAGAGCAGAGAUGGAUAGAACGAAUUUUGCUGUUCAUGCCCAUAUAUGCUUUUAAUUCCUGGCUAUCAAUCCUCUUCUUCAACGACAAUUAUUACAUCUACUUUGCCAGUAUCAGGGACUGCUAAGAAGAUGCUAUAAUUUUGCAGUAUAUAUGUCACAAUGGGGGAUGAACCACCUCCAUUGCCACCAAAGCUUAGGUCUGUGACUGGGAGCCGGUACACUGAACAAGAUAUUGCCAAAGCAUUAGAAGAAGAAAACAAAGAGUAUGAGCGGAUCAGGAGAGAGAAGCUUGGGCGGUCACAGUCCCAAAGAUCUGCCUCCUUAAAAGACGAUGGACUACAAGAUCGACCAAGGUCUCAGACACCCACUGAAAAAGGAAAUUCAAGGACGGGAGAAGUAAAGCCUAGACCUCGUCCAAAUUCAGUCACUAACCAGCCAGUACCCAAACCUCGUACCAUUAGCUUGUCACAGACUCCGCCAGUGAAUCUCCUCAGUCAAACACAAACUAUAACCAAGCCCAGAUCAGUUUCAUAUAGUGCUUCAAGUAUCGCUCCUGAGGCAGAUGCAGCCAAGACCAGUCAAACAGCAUUAGUAAAUGAAUCAAAUAAGAGUUGUAGAGAUGGAGGAGGUCAGCAAGAUCUUAUGUCAUUUCACAGCCCAGAGAAACCAAAGAAUGAUAUUCUUGAACUCCUCCAUAAUAUCAAUGCUAAUCAGAGUGCAGUGGUUCCAGUUUCAUCUUCUCAGGGAACAUACAGCAUGUCAAGUACAUUUAGACAAUCAUACAAUUCUCAACAAACAUCUCAACGGCCAUCAUCAAGUUUGUCUACAUAUCAGGUUUUCACUGGAUCACACUGGUCGGCAAUCACUCAGAAUGGGACAUCAUACCCUAGUUAUAGUUCAGCAUCUACUGCAGUUCCUUACAGACCAGCUUUCUCUCAGUCACAAACUGCAUCUAGUAGCCUCAGUUUUACCAACUUCCCAAGUCAGUUAGUACCAUCAUCCCAAGCACUUUCUGGUUCUCAGUCUGCUCCACCGCUACCCCUAAGAUGCCCAGUAAUGGAGAGUCACCGAAUGAGUGCUUUAGUUAGUCAAUUGUCUGUGACUCAGAGUGCAUCAAGUAGUCCAGCAGAGUCUCCAACAACUACAGGGACACCCACAUUGGAACUUGUCAGAACUAAGGCUAGCACACCCAAAGAUGAUGAUCUCAUAGACUUAGGGCGAGGUUCACUAUUAAAAGAUUCUUCAGAUAGUGUAGCAACAAGAACCAGUCUCUUAGAUGUAUUUGAUCCCAUACUGUUAAAAGCCAAAGAAGAGGAGGAGGAGCUAAGAAGAAAAUCUGUAACUUCUUGUACCAGCACAGGAGUUAGUGAAAGUAUUUCUACUGCUGGUGUACCAAUUAGUAAAGAGGCUCAUGAAUUGCUUCAGUAUAAGAUGCCCAAAGUGCUCGGUGAUGAUGAAAUGAGUUAUUAUGAACAAGUUGACCCCUUUGAAUACAUGCAUCCUGGUGCAAGUAGCACUAGGUCAGAUCCUGUAUAUGACAUAUAUGAUGGUUUAGUGAGUCCUGGAGCAGUUGGCGGAGAAACGUUCGACAUUCCACCGCCACUACCUCCUCGGACAAGUGCUAGAGAGCCCGAAGCAGUAUUACGCAAAACUGUGACAAGUCCCAGAAUGCAAAAGAAACACAUGGAAAAGGGGGUGCCAGGGUUACGAAUGGGUUCCGUUCCUGAGGACGUUCGUAAGUCGGUUUUGCACAAACGCUCAGGUGUAGUAGCAUUUGAUGGAAAGUCGAGUACAAAGCAGAUAUUCCUACGUAAAAUCCCAGCACUCAGUGCAGAUGAUGAAGCAAGAGCUUUCUGGGACAGCAUCAAAUCACGUCGAGGAGAGUAUACUUGGAAUGACCACAUUGGGAACCCAGGUCUGCUACAUAGUGCCUGUUUGGAGGGAACUGUUGACCCAACUCUUAGUGCUAAGCUGUCUGUAUACUACCGGGAUGUACAAUCUGUUACUUUCACCUGCAACUUGGACUCGAGUGUGGAGCAUGUUGUGAUGCAUUCUGUGUGUACCUUAGAACUUCCUGGUGAAUAUGCAGAUUAUGUUCUUAAGGUUCGAGGAGUGGAUGAUUACUUAUCUGGAGAAACUAUCCUGGGGGAAUAUGAAUAUGUACACAGUUGUAUGAAAUAUGACGAGGAUGUUGUCUUCACUCUCAUGCUUGCUGAGUCUGUCAAGCAGUCCUACUUGCGCACUGAAGAGGAUGAUCUUGCAGUUGUGGAUGUCCGUGUGGAAGACCUCAUGUCGGCUGGGUCAGGGGAAGUGGUACAUCAUGAGACAUUAAUUAUUGUUGUUGAAACGUUCGAGAUAGAAUUGACACGCCUACAGAAUUCUGGGUUUUUGUUGGUGGAUGGAACCCCAGUGCAAGACCUACCAACUCCUAUGAGGUCUAGGAGGCUUCGGCAGGUAGUGAAGCAAAUGUGUGCCCUUCUUGGAAAUUUAGAAACAAUUGAGGUAUCAGAUGCAAUAAAUGCUCUGGUUUCUACAUGUAGGAUCAUUCAACAGAGUCAGGGUAUUCUUGAUGGUGAGGAAGACAUUUCUGGGCAACGUGUGCUCUCUACAGGCUCCCAUGAUACAACAAACCCAGAUGACUUGAAGCAACUGUUGCUAGAGUCUCUGAGUCAACUAGCUGCUGCAGUGAACAAUUUUUUGGUGAUGUAUGCCAGAGCAUUCAGGGUGGACUUCACUGUUGACAUGACUGUAGAUCCCACACAAGAACAACGAGACAUUCGAGAUGUACGAGAAAAGGUCUCAAUAAAGGUUCAAGGCCUUCAUCGCUUACAGUUAGAAUGGAAGUAUGAUGAAUAUUUUGUUGAUGCACAGUUGUUUCAUGGAUCAAGAUGCAUUGGCCAGUCUGUCCACACUCAGACCAAGAAGGUCCUUGAUGAUCCCAAGUUUUACCCGAAAGUCGUCUUUCAUCGAUGGUUGGAUUUGGGUGCUCGGAUCAAUACUUUACCAAGAGAGAGUCGUCUAGUCCUAACAGUGUUUGGCUUAAAAGUUGUUGAAGCUGAAAAUAAAGUUGAACAGACUCAGUAUAUCAGGGAAGAGCUUGGCUGGGCAGCGAUACAAUGCUUCUCCUUUGAAGGGCACCUUUCGCAGGGAUAUCAUCUUCUAACUUUGUGGCCGAUGGCAAGUGACAAAAGACUUGGUCCUGCUCCCUACUCAUCGGACCAUCCUCAAGUGCAUGGCUGUGCUGUCCUUUCGGUGGAGUUGGUGGACUUUGGGGGUGAAGUUGUGUUCCCAGAGGUAACACCACAAGAACCUAAAAAACUAGAAUUCUCUUCUUUGGACAGUAAUACUCAGCAGCUUCUCUCAGAUAUCAUAGAAAGAGACAUCUUCACCUUCAACAAGGGUUCGGUGGAAGAUCGAGAAAUUCUGUGGGAAAAACGUCAUUACCUGCAUGAAGAACCUUUUGCAUUAGCCAAAGUGUUGCUUGCAGCACACUCUUGGGAUGUGUCUUGCCUUGCAGACCUUCAUUCUCUUGUAAAGAAUUGGGCCUCACCAUCACCUGCAGAUGCCUUACACCUUCUUCUACCAUGUUUUGCAGACAGUGUGGUGCGUGCUCGUGCAGUAGAAUGGAUCAGAGGUCUUGGGUCAGAUGAGCUGAUAACAUUCUUGCCCCAGUUGGUGCAAGCAGUAAAACAUGAAGCUUGGGACAUAUCUCCCACAGCAGAAUUGUUACUAGAACGUGCACUCACCUCACCCAGGCUAGCACAUCACCUAUAUUGGCUGCUCAAUCAGUGCCUUCCUCUGCAGACCAAUAUGGGUGGUGAACGAGAGGUGGUCAGUGAUGCCCGAUACCGGCGACGUCUCAAUUUGGUAACUCGGGCACUCAUGGCCAUCUGUGGCAAGAACAUAGAGAAUAGACUUCUUACUCAGGAAGCUGUACUCAGGAGUCUCUAUGCAACAGCUAUGAACAUUAAGGAUACAAAGGACAGUCAGCGGAUGAACCUGCUUGGCCGAGACUUGAAGAAUAUUCAUGAUAGUCUUGAGGUGAGCCCAACAUCUCUACCGCUCUCACCUUCACUGGAAGUUGCUGGGGUUGAUGUGAAGAACUGUUCAUAUUUCAACUCCUUCACUGUCCCCCUGAAGUUGGCCUUCCUGUCCUCUGAGAAAAACACUGAUCCAAUUCAUGCCAUCUUUAAGGUAGGAGACGACCUCCGUCAAGACAUGUUGGUGAUCCAGAUGAUCCGACUGAUGGACAAGCUGUGGCUGAAAGAGGGACUUGACCUUAAAGUUGUCACCUUUAGUGUCGUACCCACUGGGGAUAAAAUUGGUAUCAUUGAAUUAGUUAAGGAAGCUGAAACUCUGCGCAAGAUCCAGACUGAAUAUGGAGUCACAGGGUCUUUCCAGGACCGACCUAUUGCUGAGUGGCUAGCAAAACAGAAUCCUUCCCAAUUAGAAUAUCAGAGAGCUGUUGAUAACUUUACUGCUUCCUGUGCUGGAUAUUGUGUGGCUACAUACAUCCUGGGAAUUUGUGAUCGUCAUAAUGAUAACAUUAUGCUGAAGACCUCAGGCCACCUCUUUCAUAUCGAUUUUGGCAAGUUCCUCGGUGAUGCGCAGAAGUUUGGGAGCUUCAAGAGAGAUCGUACUCCAUUUGUGCUGACAUCUGAUAUGGCAUAUGUUAUUAAUGGAGGAGAGAAGCCUUCUGAUAAAUUUCAAAGUUUUGUGGACCUUUGCUGUAGAGCAUUCAAUAUCAUCAGGCGCAAUGGUCAGCUUUUGCUCUAUCUGUUUGCCCUGAUGGCAUCAUCUGGAAUACCUGGAGUUACCUGGGAUGCUGUGACAUAUGUUGAGCGAUCACUGCUGCAGGACAAAACCAAUGCUGAGGCUGGAGCCAUGUUUUCUCGCAUGAUUCAAGAGUCACUUAAAUCAUGGUUUACACAGGUUAACUUCUUUAUUCACAAUCUGGCACAGUUGCGGUUUUCUGGUGAUCAUUCAGAUGAUUUACUCCUGUCAUUCAUCCCACGGACGUAUACAUUGGCACAAGAUGGCAAGAUUCGUAUGGUGAGACUGUAUAGCUAUCAGAAACGAUACAACCCAAACAAAUACUAUGUUUAUAUCUUGGAGGUGGAGCGAGAGGGACAGCGAGAACCAGCAUACCUUUUUCGUUCCUACCGAGAAUUCUCAGAGUUUCAUCAGAAACUAUGUCUUAUUUUUCCACUUGCCAGAAUACAUGGCCUUCCCAAGGGUGUACAGAUUGGACGCUCUGAGGUGAAAGCUGUGGCAGAGAAGAGAAAGCUUGAGAUUGAGCUCUUCCUUGCCACUCUGUUUGACUUGGCUCCUGAGAUUUCACACUCGGACCUAGUGUACACAUUCUUCCACCCACUGCUGAGGGACCAAGAGGAUACAGAUAUCCACAUUAAGAAAUUAAAAAACAAGGAUAAUCGCACAUCACAUACACCAGCCAUUCCAUGUGUGCCAGGGCAGGUGCAGGGUCAGGUCAAGGUCAGUGUCCAGUAUCUGCGUGGCCAACUGCAGAUCAUGGUCCAACAUGCCCGGAACUUAUCACUCAUAAGCACUGGUCAGGAACCUUCCCCCUAUGUUAAGCUGUAUCUUCUCCCAGACCCACACAAGAAGACCAAGAGGAAGACCAAAGUUGUUAAGAAAACCUGCCACCCAAUUUUCAUGGAACCAAUUACAUAUCGUAUGUCACAAGACAUUGUCAAGCAGCGUGUUCUUGAAAUAAGUGUUUGGAGUGAAGACAAGUUCAGUGAGAAUAUCUAUCUUGGAAGUUCAUACCUUCGACUGUCUGCUUUAGAGCUAAAAGAAGAGCAAAGUGAAUGGCUGAGUUUAGAGCAUCAACGCAACACAGCUGUUGGCCAUACCAUUCAGCACGAAGCUUAAAAGAUCUUUGACUAUGUUUUUCUGAUUUAUCAGACAUCUGCUGUCUGCUUAUUAAAGGUAAGUUUAGAGAAGGUAAUUUUACAUUGUAUAUAACAAAGUGCAAAGUAUGUCCAGUGGUACGUGCAAAAGCAAAUUUGUUCACCUCAUAAUAGAUGAACAUAUGACUACACAUGACUGUUUGUUAAGCUAAGUCAAGUAAGGCUCAGUGCUUGUUAAUACCAAAUAUAAAAUUCUAUCCUAAAGUGUGAAUGUUAUCAUCCAUUUCCUCUGCUUGUUAAAAUUUAUAAAUCACUUUUGAAAGAGGAAAUUACCCACUUGUUAGUAUCAUCAUAUCCAACACUUGCUGUAAAGUUAACCUUACCUGGUAACCAGUUCGUCAUAAAAAAAGAGUAGGAUCAUUCAGAGCAAUAAUAAUCCCCUAUAUCCACUUAAUUUUUGCUCAUUUUAGGUAUAUCUAACAACAUUUCUUGAGUAAUUUUUUUGUGAUUGGCGAUAUCAUUGUUAAAGAUAUUAUGUGUAAUUCUAAUUGUUUGUCUCAUUGUUAAUUUAUACAAUUUUAGAUAAUAUAUUGUAACAUAUUUACAUGUAAUAGUAUAUGAAAAUACAGUAAAAAUCUAAGACAAAGACCAUCCAUUGAUAUGUAAGACAAUUAGCUAUUUAAGAUUUUUCUGGCUAUCCACCUUGAACCAGGCAGCUCUCAUAAUAAAUACUGUUUUAUACCCUUGUACUGACCCCCUAUAAUAUGCAAUUGAGGCCUGAAGCAUGCAUCCUUAUGUGCAGUACAUUAUGUUUUUGGUGUCAGCGGACUAUAGCGACAUAAACACCCAUUCCUGCCAGGGCUCUUGCUGCAGGUUUUUUAUUUUUAUUAUAACAUCUUGUUGUUGAGAUACAUAAUUAUCAUAAGUAAAAUAAAAACUUUUGAUAAUUACUAAUUUGAGGUUGUAAACAUCCACUGAUCCCUAUUGCAGAUCUGCAUGAUUCCUAACACAUUAAGUUACAGUACUCCAUCGCUUGCAUAAGUCUGAACAACUGGAGAAAUUAGUGUUGAAGUGAGAAGAACAGUGUCUUAGGAAUUUUUUGGUAUAUAUGAUAUUAUUUCCUUUUGCAAUACAUUGACUGAUAUAGUUUUUGUAAAUUUUUAAUGAAAAUUCUCAGUCCCACUUUCUUGUUAAAUUGGGGGUCUACUGUACAAGGCAGAAAACAUAAGUAGAGUAUUAUUGUAAAGUACUGAGCUAUUUUAUUGAUUGGGAGCCUUUAGGUCUUUUUCCUCUAUCAUUUUCCUGUGAGUACACUGUGUAUUCUAGUCACUAAGUGUUUUGUUGGACUUUUAAACAUUUGAGCAGAGUCUUUGUUUAUUAAUAAGGUGUUAAGCACUGAGUGGGUGUUAGAUGAUGAGUUCUAAAGGAUUCAUCUUCUGUGUAUUGAUCAUUUGAAGGAUUUGUUUACUAUGGCUGCUAAUUGUAAACUACAAGCAUUUGUCUCGGCUGUCCUUCAGAAAGAUGUCUUUGGGGACAAGUGGCAGCCGAAUGGAUAAGGUACUCCCCACAUAACCCAGUUAUUGCUGGUUCAUGUUCCACUGUGGAAUGGGUACCUAGCAUUACAGAUGGAGAGUGAAUGUGGUGGUGAAUAGUGAUGGCUACACAGCCUUCUAGUGCAAUGAAGGCUUAAUUCUCAAGUGUGCUUGUAUCCACAGUGUUCCUAACGAGGCAUUGUGCCUUAAGAACCCACUUAGGCAUAACAUGAAUGAACUAAAGCUUUUUCGGAUUAUCUAGGGUUAUGUAAUCCCCCCCGAGUCUUUCAUGAGGUGGGUUAAUUUUAGGGUCAGUACAGUUAUAGGUCACCUGGAGUUUAUUGGCUAUUUGUUCACUGUUGAUUAGGGAUAAUUUGUAGUGCUUUAUUCAUUCCUGAGGGUCCAGGAUAACACUAGGUCUGUAUGGUAAGAGAAUUAUGGAAUACUGUAUAAACUUCCUGACCUUAUGAAUACAUUGGUUCCAACUCUCAUAGAAAGUACAAUAUAUAUAUAUUGGUGCCCAAUCCUGGAGCUUUGGUCACACCACCUCCUCUUCCCUCUUUUUUCCUGGCUUAGGAUUACAAGAGCCACUUAUUCUUCUAACAAUGGCCAGAAAUAACACCUACUUCUGACAACUUCUGAACAUUCCUCCUUUCUUGGGUUCAUGAUUAGUCAGCUAGAAAUAAAUAAAAAAUAGCAGACUGGCCUGAAGUCAAAAUUAGCAGAAAAUAGAUUAGGCUUGGUUAAUGAUGACUGUGCAGUUACAGCUCUACUAAGACCUACAGCCUCUAUGGGUUAUCUGUCACAUCAAAUCACGAAGGGGAGGGAAGAGUGAUCAGUAAAUCACCAUGGAUUAAUCAAUUAACCAUGGCUAACAUUAUAAGGGAUUGGUCUUGGGAUGUAAGGCCCAUGAGAUAAACUUACUAUGAGAGUGGAGGUUGGGUAGAUCCUUGGGCAUUCCCAAUUCACCCAUUUGGAAAUGGUUGUCAUAAUUUUUCAAGUUGGGUAAGUAAAGGCAGUCAAGUGUAGUACCAGCCAUGCUGCCUCUUUGGUGUUCUGUAUCCACACUACCCAAAACAGGCAGUUAUAACUAUAGGAGCACCUUUAAUUUUUAUUAUGAGAUCUGCCUGGCAACAGGCACUACCAGAGAAAUGGAUUUAGGAUCAGUUCUCCUUAUUAAACUAUUUAAUUUUAUCAUUUAUGCAAAAAUAUGUUACAUAUCUUUAGUAGAUUAAAUAGUUGUUAUAAGUGAUGGCAUCUCGGAAUACCUCAGGUUUCCAUGACUGAAUAAGCUUGUGCCUCCCAUGUCAAAACCGCCUUUACAGAUCCUAAGUAAUUAUUGUACAUGUAUAACUCUGAUCCUGAUACUUUUUGAAGAGAAAUGGGGGCUUUACUAGAAUUGCAGUUAUUCACAUUCAAUUAUCCAUUUUUUUAUACAAGAUAUUACAUUUUGAUAGAACACACUUGUUACAUUGUGUCUAUUUAAAAGUUGCUGGUAAACAUUGUUUUGUUCAUUACAAUUAUAGGAUCAUAAACCUAGAUGGUUUAUUUUUACAUGAAUGUAUUUUACUUUUAAGGGCAAGAAGUUUGCUAGUCUUUUAAUUAGCAAAUUAUAAAUGGUUCCUGCACAAUUACAUAUUAUAACCUAAGGAUUUGGUUCAUUGGAUACAUGAUAGAAAGCUUUUGCCUUGACAUUCCAGUAAUAGGUUUUAUCACUCAUCACCAAACAGAACAGGGUAGUUAGAGCUUAAAGAAUAAGAAACACUAUAGAUAUGUUGCAUUGUAACUGUAUAUCAUAGGUAUUGAGUUGCAUUCUUACAUAGUGUACAGCCUUAAAUGGUACAGUGAUUAUUAUUGAAGCAAAAUUCUUGUCUUAACCUCAUUAAACUGUAUGGUAUAACUUACAUCUAUCAUAAUUUGAAGUUUCUGAAAUAUGAUUGCUUUGGAAAUUCAUGAAACCUUACAACCACAUCAUCUUCCCAUCAAAAUUUCCAUGAUAUCUCACUGGUGUCAAGGCCAUUAAUACCAUUCUGUGUAAAGCAGUUACCUGUAGCUCAAUUAGACUUCAUGGAAACCACAACUACAUGUUUGGAUUUGGCAUUUAUGUAGUUACAGAUAAUACUAGCUAAUAUUGCUCACAGUAGUGUAAGCAUGAACCAGAUUGUAUGUAGGUCAUUUUGUAACUUUUGUAAUGUGAAGGGGAAUAUAGUCUAUCAUUUUUUUAUUAGAUAUGUAAUAGAAAAAAUCGUUGGAUAUCUCGGAGAUCAAAGAUUUUUUACUAUUACUUAAUAUUAUAUUUUUUGAUGAUAAGAUAUUACACAUGUUUGUGCUGUGCACACAGUGAGUAAAGUGAAGUCCAUUAUAAUGAUUUGAUCUGUGCUUAAUUUGUUUCUAUCAAAUUUUGUGAGAGUUCUCUAUUGAUGAUAACUUUCACAGGAUUUGAGUAGGUUAAUGCACUGUAUGCCUGUGAUGCUAAGUGCUUUGUUAUCUCUUUGGGUGACAUUGUCCCAAGUUUAACAGGUAGUUGGAUCGUGUUUCUACUAAGAGUUUAUUUAGAUACCUAAGCACAGACUUCACGCUCAUGGAAUGCUUUUGAAUUUGCAGUCUGUUUCUGUAUAUAGGAAAGCAGAUGAAGACCCACUACCAAAUAAGUGCUAUUAUUUGUUGACCUCACCCUAAAUUGACAUCUACAGUUAUGUUUGCACAUGUGUCACUUUGGUUUCUUAUGGCAUGGAGGCAAUUGUUGGAUCUUCAAGGCAAAAUUCCUUCAAUUAUGAAAUCGGUAGAUAUAAUACACAUAGCCUAGGUAUAUAAGGAAUUUCCUCAAACUAUGUUCAUGAAUCUUGAUACAAAAAGAGCUAAUGUUAAGAAAAUGUGUUUUCUGGAGGGAAAAGUAGAUGUUUAUCAUCAAACAAACAGGCUUAACGAGUGAACAUUUGGUUUUUUCUUUGUUUAAUGAAGGUGUUUAUGGGUACAGUUUGUGCAUUUUGUAAUUUCAGUACUGUACAUUUAUCCAUAAAUUUAAUGAUAAUAAAUACAUUGUUGUUGCUUGACACUAACCAAGGGGAUACACUCCUACAAAGCAACCACUGCUGAUGUGAUAUUGGUAUUUACAACACUGAAGCAUAGGACUAAUCUGAUCUUGCUGAUAUGAUUAUCUCAAAAAUGUAAUAGAAGAAGAAUUGCUCCAGGAGUUAUCACUGCUACACUCCACUUCUCAAAAAAUUAUGGAGAAUCUUUGGAUAAAUUCUGUAUGUUUAUUUUAUCUCCUUCUCUGGUGCUAAGUAAAUUUAUCAAUAGUUUUGAUGUUA